AGUUUUGUUGACUUUGAUAAGAUCAAAGAAAUUGAUUGCGAUCUAUCCUAUCAGCAUAUGUGAACACAGAAUUUUUAGCCAUCUCUUCCUUCAAAUUCUAGGUGUGCAUCGGCAACGAAGAGCACUGGUAAGACAACUGACAACGAGAUGACUUCUUGUAAUGUUCCAGACAACUCAGAGUUCAUUCUUAAUCGUGUCUAUGCUAUCGAUCACCCUCACACUGGAGUUUUCCCAGAAGGAAAGAAAGAAGAUUGGAAGGAGCUUAGUGGGGAGUAUCAAUGGGAUGGUCUCUUGGAUCCUCUCAACGUUGAUCUUAGCAAAAUUAUAACUGGAUAUGGUGAAAGACUUGAUGCUAUUUAUGAUUGCAUAAUUACAGAUGAAAAUUCACCUAGGUAUGAACUUCCCAUGUAUGAAGAAAAAGAAUUUUUUUCUAAAGUUGGCCCAGACAAAGGCAAAGCAAGACAAAUAUACGAAGUAAAAAAGUAUAUCUAUGCAUGGGUCAAUGUUUCUUUACCGGUGGAAUUGUUAGUUCCACACAAAUCUGCUUGGAUUGGUUAUGUGGCAGUGGCUACAAAUGAAGGAACGAGAUUGUUAGGAAGGAGAGACAUUUUGGUUUGCUGGAGAGGAACUUGCAAUAUCGCAGAGUGGGAAAAGAAUGCUAUUUUCUCGCAAACUCAUGCUGAAGUCAUAUAUCCGGAUGUCCCUGAAGCUGAGGUGCACAGUGGAUUUUACUCCAUCUACACAGAGUUAAUGCCAAACUCGGAAUACAAUAACAAAAGCGCCCGAGAUCAGGUUGUUGAAGAAGUUAGGAAGUUGGCAAAUUUAUACCAAGACGAGGAAAUCAGUAUAACAAUAACGGGACACAGUCUAGGCGCAGCUCUUGCUACAUUGAACGCAGCUGAUAUAGUGUCCAAUGGAUAUAAUAAGCCUGAACCUAAUCCAAAGAAUAAGGAAUUUUUGGUCACAUCCUUUGUGUUUGGGAGCCCUAAGGUUGGAGACAUAGCCUUCCAAACUGAAUUCAAUAAGCAUAUACUAGAGAGCAAGCUACGUCUCUUGCGCAUUGAAAAUGUCGAUGACUUAAUCACUAUAACUCCACCCGGAUGCUAUGUUAAAGUGGGAAAUGAGAUAACAUUUACCCGAACCAGUGCAAGCUCAGAUGAGAAUGGCAAUAAAAGAACGGAACAUACUUUGAAGAAUUAUAUUAAAGAAAUUUGUGCACUACCAUAUUCCUGACGCAAGGGGUCCUGUAAUCCUCCCUCUGAGAAAGAGUUGGGUUGAGUUCUUUUUUGCUUCUAGUUUGUUUAUGAGUGCUGGUUGGCACGUUUGUGUGUGUUGACUUAUGUUCAAAGCCAUUUGGGCAAUCUGCCUCGUGUGUAUGUGUGAGUGAAAAAAAAUCUGUUAAGUGUUGUGUGAGCGUCAGAGGAAGAAAUGUGUGAUUUUCUUGGUUUUUAA